GCAUAGAAAAGACAGAUUUCCUCUUUACCCGUGCCACUUCUGUUCGAACCAUUUCUAUGUCCCGCAGCAGUUUUAGUUUUUAGCUCCAUUCUCGCAGACAUGUCUCCACUAAAUUGCUUACAUGCCUGUCUUUUAUUCAUCGUGGCUGCGACCUUCGCCUCUGCUGACAAGCUGACAGCAGCCACUGUGUACUGGGACCCCGAUCACAAGCUUGUCAAGUUAAAGGAGGGGGUGAUGGAGGUCGAGGGGGAUGCUUACGGGUUCCUGAAUGACACCCUAUCCAGUACAGGCUGGAGCGUCCUUGAGAUCCGAGCAGGGUAUGGAGAGACUCCUGAAACGGAUGAGAUCACUUUCUUCCUGGCUGGCUACCUCGAAGGCUUCCUGACUGCCCAGCAGAUGAUGGACCACUACACCAACAUGUACCCGCAGCUGAUCACCGAACCAAAGAUGCUCGACCCAGUUCAGAAAUUUAUGGAGUGAGUCU